AUGCGGUGUGCUUUUGAGCACUGGAUUUGGGAUAAGAUCAUUCCUAACAAGCACAAGGUUUUUCUUUGGCUGGCUUUUUAUGGGCGCUUAAACACAAGGGACAACAUGUUCAAAAAAGGCUGGUCUGCGCUUGUCUCCAAUGAUGAUUGUGAUAUCUGCCCUACUGUGGAGUCCAUUGAUCAUAUCGUACUACGGUGUCGGUCUGCCAAACAUCUCUGGGGCAAGCUGCAGUUGAACUCGUUGGCUUGUGCUUCACCUGAUCUUCUCUCUUUCUUCGAGCGUGUUUCCCAGCAGCCUUUUCUCAAGAGGAAAUGGAAUGUCGCCCUUGUAGCAUGCGUCGUCACUCUAUGGCAUGCUAGGAAUGAUCGCGUGUUUAACGAUGCUUCUUGGUCUGAACGAAACACAAGGUUUUAUGCUGCGGAUUUGCUUCGCCUUUGGCUGCACAGAGCUAAGCGGCAGCAGGACAAGGACGAGUUGAAGACUUGGGCGCUUUGUUUGUCCAACUAA